UUCACAACACAGAGACAUUAUGAUACCUUUUCCUGAGAGCAGAAGGAAAUAAGAGAAAAGAAGUUAAGUCGUGAUUGUGUGUGUGUGAUUAUAAUCCAGAAUCCAAAGUCUUCACUGCGGGGAAGUGCGGAACCCUGCAACCAUUGUGCUCCAACCGUAGACUGUAAAUAUUACGGCUCCAACAUGUCAGAGAACAACAUGUACCGAGAAGAGACUGCUGGGUGUGUGCUUACGUUUGACAGACGUGUCGUCACAGCCAAUAGAGCGCAGCAACACUCCUCCCUCUGCAGGAAAUACGUCACACUGCCACGCGGUGGGUUUAUAUAGCGUCAAGCGGAAGCGUCAAAGCGCCAUUUCACUGCGGAGUUACUGAGUGGAAGUGCAGCGUCAAGAGUGGUUGAGGAAAUUGGAUCGCAAUAAACACACCGCCUUCAGCCCCGAUGGAAGCGGCGGUCAACCUGCCCCACGACAGCUCUCUGAUCGGGUUGUCCUGUAGCGGGAUGGACCAACACACCAGUUCGAGCAAACGCAUUCGAAAGCCCUCCCUCUUGUACGAGGACUUCGAGAGCCCGUCUCUGCCACACACGUUGCCCCAGGGGCCUCCUAUCCCGCCACAGCCCCCUGUGAAGGAUCCCAGCCGGCCGGGCCGAAUGACCAACCAGCUUCAGUUUCUUCAGAGAACCCUGAUGAAGUGUCUGUGGAGGCAUAACUUUGCCUGGCCUUUCCACGAGCCGGUGGAUGCUUACAGGCUUAAUCUGCCGGAUUACCAUAAAAUAAUCAAACAACCCAUGGACAUGGGCACCAUCAAAAAGCGUUUGGAGAACAACUUCUACCGCAGUGCCAGCGAGUGCAUACAGGACUUCAACACAAUGUUCACCAACUGCUACAUCUACAACAAGCCGACAGACGACAUUGUUCUGAUGGCCCAGUCCUUGGAGAAGAUCUUUCUCCAGAAGGUGGCUCAGAUGCCCCAGGACGAAAUUGAGCUGCCUCCUCCGGCUCCUCGGAGCAAGAACAGUAAAGGAAGGGGUCGCAAAUCUUCAUCGAGGGCUCAGCAGGUGCCAGCAGUCUCCCAGUCAGCCUACUCUCCUUCUUCCUCGGACACUGAGUCGAUGCUCGCAGACUCUCCCCAGACUGUCCUGACGAAAACCCGGCCUCCAGCCAACAUCAUGGGCCUUCACCCUACACAGCCAACAACCAAGAAAAAAGGUGUGAAACGUAAGGCUGACACCACCACCCCCUCCACUAUGGGCCUGACUGUGGGCAUGUCGGGGCCAACACACAUGGUGGGCUUGGGGAAAGGAGGCCAUGGCGGCCACGCCGGCCAUGGGGGCCACGCUGGCCAUGGAGGCCACGGUGCCCAUGGAGGCCACGGCGCCCAUGGAGGCCACGGCGCCCAUGGUGGCCAUGCCGGCCAUGCCGGCCACGGCACCCAUGCCGGCCACGGCACCCACGGAGGCCACAGCGGGCAUGGAGGCCACGGAGGCCAAGUCCAUGACACCUCCAUGCACACCAUCUCCAUGGGGGGCAUGGGUUUGGACACCCCGCCUGGGAUGGGGAUGGUCAGGAGCACUGGAGGUCCUGUCCUGCUCCAGCCUAUGAUGGCAGGAGGUGGUCGCAGAGUGGGCAGUGGACGCCCCAUUAAACCCCCCAAAAAGGACUUGCCCGACUCUGUACAGCCUGUGCCCUCGAGGAAAGGCAAACUGAGCCCUCAGCUGAGGUACUGCAGCGUGCUGCUGAAAGAAAUGUUGUCAAAGAAACACGCUGCGUACGCCUGGCCUUUCUACACCCCCGUGGACGCAACUGCACUGGCGCUGCACGACUAUCAUGACAUCAUUAAAUGUCCCAUGGACCUCAGCACUAUCAAGAGGAAGAUGGACUGUCGUGAAUACAGAGAAGCACAGCAGUUUGCCAGUGAUGUCAGACUCAUGUUCUCCAACUGCUACAAGUACAACCCACCUGACCAUGAUGUUGUGGGCAUGGCUCGCAAGCUGCAGGAUGUGUUUGAGUUCCGUUUUGCAAAGAUGCCAGACGAACCUCAUUUGGAUCGCACAGCCAUGUCUAUGAGCGGCCAUCCAUCCUCCUCGUCCUCCUCUUCCUCCUCCUCCUCGUCCUCUUCUUCCUCCACUUCAGCGAGUGAGCCCAGCAGUGAGAGCGAAGAGAGCGAGAGCAGCCCCAACUCAGACAGCGAGGAGGAGCGGGCACACCGUUUGGCUGAGUUACAGGACCAGGUGUGCACACAGCUCAGAGCCGUGCACGAGCAGCUGGCUGCCCUCUCCCAAGGCCCCAUCGUCAAGCCCAAGAAGAAGAAAGAGAAGAAGGAGAAGAAGGAGAAAGAGAAGGAGAAGGAGAAGAAGAAAAAGAAGAAACUGGAGAAGCGAAAUCGAGGGGUCAGGAGCCGAGCUGGAUCAGAGGAAUGGAAAAUGCCCGGCAAAAUCCUGAAAAGCAAAUCAGCCAGAGCAGGAGGCUCCCAGCCCAAGAAAAACCAAGGGAAGAAGAGCAACAAGAACAGCAAGACAACAAAGAAGCCGUUCUACCCUCCACUGACUCCUACCAUGCUGCCGCACUAUGACUCGGAGGAAGAGGAAGAGAUCGUGCCCAUGUCAUACGAUGAGAAGCGCCAGCUGAGCCUCGACAUUAACAAGCUCCCGGGGGAGAAGCUGGGUCGCGUGGUGCACAUCAUUCAGUCCAGGGAGCCUUCACUGAGAGACACCAACCCCGAGGAGAUAGAGAUUGACUUUGAAACACUCAAGCCAUCCACGCUGAAAGAGCUGGAGCGCUACGUCAUGACGUGUCUGAGGAAGAAGCCCCGCAAGCCGUACACUGAACAAGCCGGAAAGAAGGGCAGCAUCGGAAAGUCAAAAGAGGAGCUGACUCUGGAGAAGAGGAGAGAGCUGGAGAGGAGGCUUCAAGAUGUCAGCGGUCAACUCAAUUCUGUCAAGAAACCUGCGAAACCUAAAGCGGAGAAGCCGAGUGUUGCAGAGACUAACACGCAGCCCACGCGCCUCAGUGGCAGCAGCUCCAGCUCGGACUCGUCCUCCUCCUCCUCGUCAUCCUCGUCCUCGGACACCAGUGACUCAGAUUCAGGUUGAAGUGUUCACGGUGGCUUUGAGAGAAAAAAAAACAACACAUUUAUAACUCAGGGACUUGGGCUGGCCCAGGACACGGCAAACCCCUGAAGCAGCAGUGGGCUGAGAAAUAAAAAACCACGGUGAAUAAUCGCUCGAAGAGGACUCGUUAACAUUUUGUGAAUGUGGGACUAAGGGACGGAAACGUCUCCGUGGAUCAUCCUAGAACCUAAACACUAAAUGCCUUGGUUUCCCCAGUUCUCCCCUUUGUAAAUACUUGUAAAAAAUUAUUGUUUCUUUUAUAAAGAAGAAUUUUAUGGUGAUCCCCCAAAGAGGGAAGAGAAGAAAUAAAAAGGAUGUGGAAAGACGGGCCUUGUUCCAGAUCUGCUUUGGCUGGCCUUACCGCUGUGUGCUGAGAGGAUGUAAGAGUUUAUUUAUUUGUUUGUUUUUUCUUCAGCUACAUAUCCUCUGACAUUACUGGAAUUUGAACCAGCAACCUUUAGGUCACAAGCCUUGCUUUUUUUUUAUAACAUUUGGCCUUUCGCCAUGCUUAAUUUGAGAUCAUCCCCGUGGUCUCCGCCUUAAUCUCACCCCGAAACAACAAUCUGUACAGUUAACCUGGAAAAACACAAAAAGAGAAGAAUCAAUGAGCUCUCAAAUUCCUUCUGAUAAUCAGAGUCACAAUUGUCUGAGCUCUGCUAGUUUCUGGUCAACAUUCAAAGUUCAGUUUCUUUCCUGGAUUAUUUAUCUUGUUAUGUUUACAAUCAUUGUUCAUGCACCUUAAACAUUAGGCUUUACGCUGCAGUCUGUUUAACAGACCUUUCUCAGAGUUACACUAGUUCAGUAUAGAAAGAGCUUAAUGCUUUCAUCUUUAACUUUGCCAUCAAGAAACACUCAUUUAUUGUUUUCUUGCCUCUUGCCUGUGUUAUUUCACUUUAAUCCCACAAACCAUUUAAAGACAGACCAAUCUACAAAAAAAAAAGACUCCUACUGAAGUUCUGUGUUCAGUAUUUUAAAAAGCGUCCUGUCUGUUCAGCUUUGACUCUCUUCAUGUUUCUCUGCAUUAAAAAAAGCGGUGCACCUCGAGCACACACGACUGAAUGUUAACCCGUUGAAGUGAUGGUUUUCUAAGUUGCACAACAACCCCAAACAUGUCAAAUAUUGACUUUCUAUCUUUUAAAGACAUCUGUAGCACUUCAAAAGCAAGCGGAGGUUUCUAAAAGAAAUCUGGCGGCUUCUCGGCACUUCCCAGAAACAGUGUUGCUGAAGUAACACUUAAAGUUUCCCGUAAAGAGACGACAAAGUCCUCACAGUGGAUUUAAGUCGAAGCUGUUGUUGAAUGUUCAGUGAAAGAAUAUAUGCUUGUACAUACUUAAACUGUAUUUGACCUUGCACAGACUAUUGUAUUCCUGCUGUUCAGUCUUUAUAUAUAUAUAUUUUUUUUUUGAGUUACCCUGUUACCUCUUUCCCCCUCUCUUUUUUUUUUCCCUUCUUCUCAGUUUCUAACCCGGUUCUUUCUCAUUCCAGUUUACAGUCUUAGUUGUUUCCUGAAGAGUGUUCACAUGAGCAUCGCUGGUUAAGCAGGAUGUCUUUGCCUCUCUGGAGCAAACCUUUCCAUUUGACAAGUGUGUUCAUUAAAAUAUUCUCUUCUGUUGAAAA